ACACGUCAUCACAUUUUUUAUUUGAACUUGCAGAUACAUCAACAUUUAUACCUAAACAUAAAAUUUAAUUUUCUCUAAAUAUUACAACACAAAGGCGAUGUUAUAAAAAGGUACUUGUUGUAAACUUAACAUGCUUGCAUUUCUUUCUUUCUUUUGAUAUGUAAAAAGAUGUAUACUGUCAUAGAAUUUUUCGACGUGUCUGUUUUUCUUUAACCGCCUCUCCUACAACUAUUGAUUAUUUUCUGUUUAUUUCUGUUGAAUUUUUAUAUAGCCACGUUUUAUUUAUUUUAUUGCUAAGAUUAACAUGGAAGAUAAUGAUAUAGUAUCCUCAGUAGAAAGUAGACACCGAAAAGAGAAGAAAGAAUUACAAGCGCAUAUUCAAGCGCUUAAGAAAACCGCAAAAAAUGAUAAGUCGAAAAAAAAAGAAUUGACAGCAGAAAUAGCUCGACUCGAAGCUGAGCAAGACAGUCGUCACAAAGAAGAAUUGGAGGCUGUCCAGAAACAACUAGACGGCAUUGUGGAUAACAAUAUAAUUGAACAUGUUGAACAAGGAGAUACAAGUACAACAGAUGAAGUGGCUAAAACUAGAGUUUCAAAGGCCCAAAAGCGUAGAGAUAAAAAAAUGCAACAAGAAAAAGAAAGAGAAGAACAAAUAAAGCAACAAGAAAAGGAAAAUAUACAUGGACCGAGAAAUAAAGAAAUUCAAGCUAUUAAUGCUAAAUUGAAACAAAGAAAUUUGAAGAUAUUCUCAAUACCUUCUGAUGGUGAUUGUCUUUACAAAGCUGUUGCACAUCAGUUGUCAUUAAAGAGGCAACAAAACUUUUCAAUUGAAGAAUUACGAAAUAAAGUUGCCGAUUAUAUAAAAGAGAACAAACAUGAUUUUAUACCCUUUAUGAGUAAUUCUGAGACUUAUGAAAUGCUUACAGAUCAAGAAUUUGAAGAAUAUUGUGAAAAAAUUCGGAGUACGAAAGUUUGGGGUGGACAAAUAGAAAUAAGAGCUUUAUCAAGUUCAUUAAAAUGUCCUAUAAAUAUAAUACAAGCUUCAGGGCCAGAAACAAUUGAACAGGGCAAAGAGUUUGUUGGAGAUCCACUUAUAUUGGCAUAUCACAGACAUAUGUACAAAUUAGGAGAGCAUUACAACUCAACUUGUUUGAAUGAAAAUGAGGAUGUGGAAGAUGAUUAAAUGAAAACAUGACGUUUUUACGGCAAUUCAAGAUAGGUAUCUAACAGCUAUCAAGCAAAAUUUAUAUCAAACAUUUUUAAUGUACUAAAUAUAAAAUGACUUUGAUACAUAAAGGUAAUUUUAUUGUGAAGGGUGAUUUUGAAGGGCUGUUUUCUAAUUAUUAGUUUGCAUCUCUUUCAUAUAUGUAUGUAUAUAUAUAUAUAUAUACUAGAGGCCGCCCGCGACUUCGUCCGCAUGGAAACCCUAUCAAUCCCGCGGGAACUCUGGGAUAAAAAGUAGCCUAUGUGUUAUUCUGGGUCUUCAGCUACCUACAUACCAAAUUUCAUGGUAAUCGGUUCAGUAGUUUUUGCGUGAAAGAGUAACAAACAUCCAUACAAACUUUCGCCUUUAUAAUAGUAGUAGGAUAUUUUAAUAGUAAGAUAGGUAACACAAUGGUUAUAUAUAAAUAUAACCAUUGUGUUGCAUUAUACUAUUUUUUAAUAAUCAAAACUUCCAAAAUAAAAUAAAGGUCCGUGUGCGUGUUUAAUACCUGUAUUAUUUUUAAUAGUAUGAAUAAAACUAGGUGGACCCCGGGCCAUUGUAAAUAAAAAUAAAUAUAACAAAUUACAAAACAAUUCUGGAUUUAGGAGAAUAUGUACAAUGGCGGACUUAUCCCAUCUGGGUUUCCUUCCAGUCAACCAAAAUAUAAACGAAAAUCCACAAUUAAAAAGGCAGCGUACAUUAAAAAGCAUUGAGGAUGCGUUAUAAUAAACUUAUUGUUUUUUUAUGGAGUGAGCCUAGGUUUCUUGAGUAGGCUGUUAGCUGCCGGGCCACAUAUAACAUUAUUAUGCAAUAACUAUCUCAGUGAUGGGCUUACUUACCAGGCUUUAUUUCAAAUUUAAUUGAUGUAAGGCAAUGGGCUAUCUAAUCAAUCUGCCAAUAAUUAUAUCAUAACGCCAUUCAGCUGUACUUAAGUUUUCGAUUCUGUCUGAGACUAUCGGGCUCGGUCUACCGCGCAACUUGACAAUUAGAAUUGUGGAAUUAAGUAAAGGCUUCAAGGUGGUGCAACGACGCAUAUGCCGUUUUUGUGGAACAUCUGUGUAAUCAAUCACACGCAGGUCUUAGCUUGUAAGGACCUAGGUUGCUCCCAGGGCUUUGAUAUCUGCUUUGCACCAAUAUGGACGUGAAAUAAGUCAGCCUCAUAUGUUAUUUGGACCACAGAUACUUUACGCCAUUAAGAGGGUCAAUUUAAUACAAAUAUAAUCAUGAACAUACAAACAUAUAAUCACGUACAUACAUACAUAUCUAUACUAAUAUGAUAAAGCUGAAGAGUUUGUUUGUUUGAACGCGCUAAUCUCAGGAACUACUGGUUCGAAUUGAAAAUUUCCUUUUGCGUUAAAUAGACCAUUUAUCGAGUAGGGCUUUAGGCUAUAUAACAUCACGCUGCAACUAUAAGGAGCAAAUAAAUAAUGGAAUAUGUGAAAAAACGGGGAAAAUUAUUCAUCUUUGAGAGCUUCAAUGAUGCCCAAAAUAACUAUUCCACAUGGACGAAGUCGCGGGCACAGCUAGUAAUCACAUAUAUACGUAUAAACACGUCUAUAUCCUUUGCGGGGUAAACAGAGCCAACAGUCUCGAAAAUACCAAUAAGCCACGUUCAGCGGUUUGGCUUAAUGAUAGAAUUGAGAUUCAAAUAGUCUAAGGUUGCUAGCCCAUUGCUUAAAAGAAAAAUCCGAAGUUUAUAAGCAUAUCUCUUGGUCGCUCUUUACGACAUCUAAGGGAAGGAGAUGAGGACCUUUUUUCUAUUGGUGCCUGGAAACAAACGUCAAUUAUAUGACUUCUUUUACCAUUUCCAUAACAAUUUUCGUAUAUUCUAAGUAGCACCUACCUACCUAUUAAAACUGAGGAUCUCGAGAUUAAAUAAAACGAAUCAAUGUUAGUCGACAAUAAUUUAAAUUAAGCGAAACUAUAAAAGAGCCAGAGCACACCAUUAAUUAAAUAUUAUAUAAAAUUAUUCUCCAUUUCGAACUGCCGUCGUACCAGAAGCCUUGUCAUCCUCCCCGACGUUCUUAUUUGGGUCAUCAGGUUUCAUCGCAGGGAAUAACAACACCUCCUGAAAUGAGAUGGAAUUAUGAUACUUCAUUGGUUGUUAUUACGAUAAACCCCUUCUCUGAAUUAACUUGAGUAAAAAUAUUGCAAUCAGUACCUUAUUGUAAACUGACUAAAUAAAAUAUAAAUUUA